AUGAAAGCUCUUUUAUCCAAUUACUUCUCUUUCUUAAACCUCUCUGCCAUAUCCAAAGGUUCAAUCUCAGUGACACAAUCCAUUGCAGUGAUACUAGUAAUUCUCACAUUACUUUACAUUUGUUUCAAAUCCACAAGUGUCUACCUUAUUGACUAUGUUUGUUAUUUACCUCCUGAUAAUUUGAGACUUCCUCAUUCCCAUUUCAUAGAACACUUUAAUCUGUGUAACUUUGAAAAAGAAACCAUAGAAUUUCAUACCAAAGUAUUGGAGAAAUCCGGUAUUGGAGUCGAGGCUUGCAUGCCAGAAUCGGUUCAUGAGCUCCCGCCUGAUAAUUCUGUAAAGCAUGCACAAGCAGAAACCGAAAUGGUUCUUUUCACAAUCGUCGAUGAUCUUCUUUCGAAACACAAUGUGCAUCCUAAGAGCAUCGACAUCCUUGUGUCAAAUUGUAGCCUUUUCUGUCCCACACCAUGCAUUACCUCGACCAUCAUUAACAAGUUUGGAUUUCGAAGUAAUGUAAAAUGUUUCAGCUUAAGUGGAAUGGGUUGCAGUGCUGGGUUGUUGUCAGUAAGCUUGGUGAAAGAUCUUCUAAAAGUUCACAAAAACUCUCUGGCUUUAAUUCUAAGCAUGGAAGCUGUAGCUCCAAAUGGAUAUAAUGGCAAUACGAAAUCCAAGCUUAUCGCGAACGCGCUGUUCCGAAUGGGAGGAGCAGCCAUUUUACUAUCCAACAAAAAUCAAGACAAGGGAAUAGCCAAGUACAAACUUCAACAUCUUGUGAGAACACAUUUGGGGUCAAAAGACAAAGCAUAUCAGUCUGUUUAUCAGGAACCUGACAAAAACAAUAUUGUAGGCGUUUCCCUUUCGCGAUCGCUGUUAAGUGUAGCUUCUUCAGCUCUGAGGAUCAAUAUAAUAAACUUAGGUCCUCUUGUCUUGCCAUAUUCCGAGCAACUUCGAUAUGGGUUAUCGAUGAUUCACAGAAAAAUAUGGACAGCAGAUGAUAAAGAAACGUACGUACCGAAUUUCAAGAAGGCGUUUGAGCAUUUCUGUAUACAUGCAGGAGGUAAGACAGUAAUAGACGGCAUAGUGGAAAAUCUGAAGCUGCAUAGGGAAGAUGGAGAAGCUUCAAGGAUGGCAUUAUAUAGAUUUGGAAAUACUUCAUCUUCUUCUUUGUGGUAUGAACUAAGCUAUUUGGAAGCAAAAGGAAGAGUAAAGAAAGGACAUAAAGUUUGGCAAAUUGGGUUUGGAAGUGGAUUCAAGUGUAACAGUGCAGUGUGGAAGUGCCUUUCUGAUAUUGAUCCAAAUGUGAAGAGUGCAUGGUCUGAUAGAAUCCAUUUGUAUCCAAUUGAGAUACCUGUGUUUGACUGUUGA